CUGGACAGUCCUAAAAGUUUCCUGGACAGUCCUAAAAGUUUCCUGGACAGUCCUAAAAGUUUCCUAGACAGUCCUAAAAGUUUUCUGGACAGUCCUAAAAGUUUCCUAGACAGUCCUAAAAGUUUUCUGGACAGUCCUAAAAGUUUCCUAGACAGUCCUAAAAGUUUCCUGGACAGUCCUAAAAGUUUUCUGGACAGUCCUAAAAGUUUUCUGAACAGCUUUUUCCUGGACAGUCCUAAAAGUUUCCUAGACAGUCCUAAAAGUUUUCUGGACAGUCCUAAAAGUUUCCUAGACAGUCCUAAAAGUUUUCUGGACAGUCCUAAAAGUUUCCUAGACAGUCCUAAAAGUUUCCUAGACAGUCCUAAAAGUUUCCUUGCCAGUCCUAAAAGUUUCCUAGACAGUCCUAAAAGUUUUCUGGACAGCUCGUGCUAA